AGAAGAAGAAGGGAGGAACGAGAGGAGGAGGACCUAAGAAGCGAUACAAAGCGUUAUCAGGUCAAAAGAAGAAGGGAUCUAAGAAGCGAUACAAAGCGUUACAGGUCAAAAGAAGACGAAGGGAGGAACGAGAGGAGGAGGACCUAAAUUAAGCGAUACAAAGCGUUACAGGUCAAAAGAAGAAGGGAGGAACGAGAGGAGUAGGACCUAUACAAAGCGUUACAGGUCAAAAGAAGAAGGGAGGAACGAGAGGAGGAGGACCUAUACAAUAAAGCGUUACAGGUCAAAAGAAGAAGGGAGGAACGAGAGGAGUAGGACCUAUACAAAGCGUUACAGGUCAAAAGAAGAAGGGAGGAACGAGAGGAGUAGGACCUAUACAAAGCGUUACAGGUCAAAAGAAGAAGGGUGCCUGGAUGGGGGGGGGGCUGGAUGUAAACACCGCUGCUCCCGCCAUCUGUUGCAGCCGACAUACACCACCACCCGCCCUGUCUCCAUAAAGGCCCCCUCUUGUAGUAAAUAUAUUCUUGUUUAUUAGCCAUACACCAUACACCCCCUCUUUCAAGACAUGCCCGACCCUCUCACAUCAACACCCAAGACCUCGUGUACCAUAGAGUCGUGGGUAGUCGUGGCCCAGAGGCGGCACAGUGUGGACGGGGCUUAACUCUGACCGCGAUGGCUCCAAAUCUCAAAUGUGCGGCCUGCUGUGUUUGUGGGAAGAAACGGAGAACACACCCUGAUGUGAAGCUCCAUUUAUUCCCUAAGGAUGCCAGACGGUGCCUCCAGUGGGUGAAGGCCUUGAAAAUUGGCUUUCAAAAGCACACUCAAGCCAUCUGUAGUGACCACUUUGAUGGGGUUCAUUUUGGCAGCAAGGGCCAGCUGCUGCCGACUGCAACCCCACGUCACACAGAUGGCCAUGAGGAGCAACCACCCACUGGGUUCCCGGCAUCAUCCCACAAUGCAGCCGCCAUUGACUUGGAGCCAAUGGAGUUGGAUCUCUCCUCUACACAGAUUGUGCUGCCACAUUAUGAUCUGAACACAGGUUUCAGUAAUAUCCAAGAGAAUGUGGCAGCUGAAGAGGAGAGGCCAAAAAAGAUGCUUAGGGUGGAGUUGAAUAGAAAUAUUCAGUCACCCCCUGAGGAAUGUGGCAGCAGUAUCCAACCCCUUACACAGCUGCACAGUGUCCCCCAAGCCACACAUGUGCAUCUUGAGCUGCAGCCUGUCAUUGAUGAGUGUGCACCUGCACCAGCUCCACGUGUUGAUUUUGGGUGUGAACCUGAAGGGGUUGGAGGAAACUUGACUCGGCCAUCAAGCUCACCAAAAUAUAGCAAUGCUCCUCAAGAAAAAGACAUCCAUGAUAAAAAGGUCCAAAGUUGUGGCACGAGGGAUAAUAUUGAUACUGACAAUGCAACUUUGUGUGAGAAACAGAUCGUCACAAAACUGGAAUACAAAUCAAAAAGAUGCCACAUUCCUAGAAAGGUCAAAAGGUUGAAGAAGGAUGCAACACCCGACAUCAGUCUUCCAGGAAACACCUCUGAGUCAGCUCCUCAAGACACUGCUGAAAAUGGUGUGGCUCUGGACCCCUGCAAGGCUGUCCCUCAUCCUGGGGAGCAAGACGCACCGGAGACCCAAGAUGACAUGGAGGUCACUGACGAACAAGUUUUGCAGCAAAUCCAGGAAUACAGAGACUUGCAGGAACAGGAACAGCAGCUGAAAGAGGAGCUUGAAGCAAUGGACCAAAAACUCAUGGUAUCAUCCCUAACAUCUAUCUCACUAGACGACAGGAAGACAAGGCUCUGCACCGGCCUUCCGUCACUAGCAGUGUUCACGUGGCUCAUUGACUUGCUGUCUGGACACUUAGCAUCAUUUGACUGUAUCAGUAAACCUGAUCAGCUUUUAAUAACACUAAUGAAACUGAGGCUAGGUCUUAGCACACAAGAUUUAGCAUUUAGGUUUAACACUUCUACUCAAGCAAUUGAGAAUAUACUUUCAGAUGCCAUCCCCAUAAUGGCCUGUAAACUUGACUUUUUGAUUUGUUGGCCAGUCAGAACACAUCCAAGGAACAUUCCCAGGCCCUUCAAACCAAACUUUAAGAACUGCUCUGUCAUCAUUGACUGUUUGGAGUUUCCUACAGAAAAACCAUUAAACAUAACUGCAGAAAGUCAAACCUGGAGUGAUAUCAAGCACCAGACUACCAUUAAAUGCUUGGUGGGCAUCACACCGUAUGGGUCAUUCUCCUACGUCUCGCAGUGCUGGGGCGGCAGAAUAACUGACAGAGAGUUGGUUUUGGUGUCGGGGGUUUUGGAGCAUGUCUAUCAUGGUGACGUGGUGAUUACUUGCAAAGAUUUUUCCAUUCAACAGGAAUUGUCAGAAAAAAGAGCAAAGCUUAUCGUUCUUGAAAGUUUGUAUUCACCUGAAAAAUUAAUCGAUGAUCAUGACUUAGUUGCAGUCUCUUUCAUAAAAAAAGCUUUUAAACGGAUAAAGCGUUACAAAAUAUUGUCACAAACACUCCCAAUACCUCUACUUCCCUAUAUUGACGAGGUGGUCACUUGUUGUUUGGCCUUUUCAAAUUUGCAACCCAAGUUUCAAUUAAAGUAA